UUGCUAUUAACUGUGUGUGCAUCUGUUUGAGCUACUGUUGACGUCGAAGGAUGCUGAGCUUGAAGUAUGAACAGAAAUGUCUGCUGACGGUAAUAACUUCACCUAAUGAAAGUCAGGGAGGAGAUGCCUGAGGCCUGAGUAACACAGGAGUUCAGAUUAGAUUUAUAUGACAGAAGAGAAAGUGUCCAGAGGGACAGAAAAAGACAAAGUCAGUGCUGAUAACAGAAGGGAGUGACACUUUUCAUAUCAACCGCACCAAUAAGAAGUUAAGAGUAAGAGAAACAGAAGGAGAAGUCAUAACGAGAGUUUAGAGUCUGCGUUUGUACAUCAAAGAAGAAGAAAUUGAAUUUUCGGAAUGAGUGGAGGAGAAAUCGGUCACGGUGGUUAGUUCAAUGAAACGAUUGUAACGUUCCGGGAGGAGAUUCUUUUUUCCAGCAUCACCAGAAGAAGAACCAUGUCUCCUCUGCGGCUUCCCAUCGUCAUAUUCCUGUGUUUUCUUCCACUAGCAGCCUGUUUGCAAUGUUACACCUGUUUGUUCCCGACCGUCUCUCCUGUGGACUGCAUCAAGUUUCCUCAGGAGUGUCCGGCCGGGCAGCGCUGCCUGUCCAGUACCGCGACAGCAAAACAAGGCGCUCUGGAGAUGACUAUGUACGAGAAGAGCUGUGCCGUCCCCGCCCAGUGCGGCCUGAGUGGACAGAAAUCCACCGCGGGUCUCAACUUCAACUACACCAACGUCUGCUGUGACACGGACCUGUGCAACAGCGCUGUGACUGUUGCUGCCCUCAGCUGGAGAGGAGCGUCUCUCUGUGUGCUGCCUGCACUCGCUCUGCUGCUGAGCUGAAGCUGCUGAGCUGAAACUGCUGGGGCCACACUCCAUGACAGAUGUAUACGUGUGCCGGAGAGAUAAUCUGGAUAUGAUGUUUAACGCUUAGAACAGAGCAUUUCGGCUGUUUUUUUCCAUUACUAUGUUUAAACAUUUCAAAAGUUUUUUGAAAUUGAAUUGAAUUAAAUAAGAAUGUACAAUAUAGUACAGAUAGAGUAUCUUAUAUCCUUUUUUUCAGCACAACCUAGGCAAUCUGAUGAAAAAAAACCAUUAAUUUUCACCAACUCUAUAAACACGUGAGCAAAACGAAACAAAAAAUGUUUAAAACUGGAUUGAAUUUGUGAAAUUUGGUAAAACGUCACAGUUCAAAUUCACUUGGGCUCGUUUUUAUGAACAAAAACAAAAUAAAAACGCUCUAUUUUGUGACUUCUGCACAAUUAUUGCUACUAUAUUUCACUACUAAACCUGAAAAAAGUAAAUUUUCUGCAGCUAUCAGGUGACCCUUCACAUGUUUGAUGCCUUGGUUGCAAACAACAUGUUCACAAUUUGAAAAUAAAACAAUAAAACAAAAUAUCAGCAGUGAAACAAACACAAAAACUAUAGAAACAGACAAAAUGACACACUUAAAAACAUAGAUGGCAUUAAGCUUAUGUCUAUAAAUCAGUAUCUUAUUAUUGAUAAUAAAUAA